AUGCCCAAAUGCGACCUCAAGACCAGAUAUAUCCCCGCGACAUUCGCCUGGACACUGCUUUUAGGAACAACAUCCCUGUUUUUUUAUUUUCCGUGCCAGUAUUAUCUUCACAGACAUCCAUGGGUUCCUGCAUACCAAGGUGUCAUAACAUUUUUUGUUUUGGCCAAUUUUACACUGGCCACUUUCAUGGACCCGGGGGUAAUACCAAAAGCUCCACCUGACGAGGAUCGUGAGGACGACUUCAGAGCGCCCCUCUACCGCAGCGUGGAGAUUAACGGCAUCACCGUUCGCAUGAAAUGGUGCGUCACGUGCAAGUUCUACAGGCCGCCGCGUUGCUCCCACUGCUCCGUGUGCAACCACUGCAUAGAGACCUUCGACCACCACUGCCCGUGGGUGAACAACUGCAUCGGCCGCCGGAACUACCGCUUCUUCUUCUUCUUCCUAAUAUCGCUCUCCAUCCACAUGCUGAGCAUAUUCGGCCUGAGCCUGUACUUCGUUAUGUACAACAAGAGCCUGACGCAGGUCGAGCCGAUCGUCUCAAUGGUGAUAAUGGGCAUAAUAGCUCUGCUGGCUAUUCCCAUCUUCGGGCUGACCGGGUUCCACAUGGUGCUGGUGUCGCGGGGGCGCACCACCAACGAGCAGGUGACCGGCAAGUUCACGGGGGGCUACAACCCCUUCUCGAAGGGCUGCUGGUACAACUGCUGCUACACUCAGUUCGGACCUCAGUAUCCUAGUCUGGUCCGCCCGUCGAAGUACACCUACAAGGGCGGCAAGAAGCGCCGCGAGGGCGCCGCCGUCGGCCAGUCGGCGUCCGCCAUCUCGACGAUAGCUACCGACACGCACCAGGUAAAGACGUACACGGCGGACAACGGCAGCGCCCACCAGGGCAGAGUCGGAGCGCACGCGCACUACAACAAGCUGUCGCCGGGGCGCGACGAGCACGAGGGCGAGCUGGAGGGGCCGGGCGCGUCGCAGAGCGCCGACUGCGAGCCGACGCCGCCGCCGCUGCAGCGCCGCGGCUCGGCCGCCAACCUGUUCCCGCCGCCCGAGCGCCAGCCGCGCCCGCACCACUACCCGCGCCUCAGCCCGCUGCCCAGGAACACGGGCCACGGCACCACGACGUCCGGCUAUCGGGUGGUGAUGGAGCCACUACGCUACGAGUCGGGGGCGAACGGUGCCCGGCCGUCGCCCACGAUGCAGCAACGCAUCAAAGCGUUAGGGGUGCCCACCCCCCUGGCGGUUAGCAGCCCCGUUAGGAGGUCGAACCCGGGCACGCCGACGCAACCGCGCCGCCCCGACUUCGGCGCUAGGGCCGCGUCGCCGCAGCGGCGCUUCCUCUCCGAGGGCGAGCUGCUGCGCGCCGAGCCGCCCGCCCCCCACCCGCACCGGCCGACGGCGGACGACAUACGCGAGCUGGCCGCGUCGCCGCAGCGCGGCUACACGUGGGCGGAGCGCCCGCCCGCGCCCCCGCAGCAGUCGCCGCUUGCCCGCCGCCGCGCCGCGCCCCCUCCCCAGCCGCACCCCGCGCGCCCCGCCCGCCCCCUCUCGUUCGUGCGCGCCCUCGAGGUGCAGGACCAGCUCGAGCGCGCGCCCCCCGCCGACCCGCCCGACCGCGCCUCCGUGUACGACUGCAACUACGAGAUAUCCGUG